CUAAAAACAUAAAGAGUCAUAACGGAGCCUUCGGAAGGUUGGGAAUUUUAGGUUUCGUUAAGACUCAUAAUUUAUUUCGGAACCCUUAGAAAUACAGAAAGAAUGAAGAUAAUAGAAAGAUCAAGUUGACUGAAAAAUUCCAAAUGUGAUGAGCAGUGCCGCAACCCCACAAAACAACUAACUAAACUCCGACAAAGUUAUACGUCAAGACAAUGACCAUAUCAUUACAAUUCACGUUAUAACUCCAACAAGAUAGCAUUCUGGUGGUGCCAAUACAAAGAGAAGCCAUGGCCGUCACUCCUGACGUACAAACUCCACUCUUGUACGACGCCGUUGAAGGCUCCGUUGAUUUUAAUGGCCGACCCGUUUUCCGAUCCAACUCCGGUGGCUGGAGAUCCGCUGCUUUCAUUAUAGGAGUGGAAGUGGCAGAGAGAUUUGCUUAUUAUGGAAUAGCAUCCAACUUAAUUACGUAUUUGACCGGUCCGCUUGCUCAGUCCACGGCUUUUGCAGCGGCCAAUGUGAACGCAUGGUCUGGAGCGGCGUCGUUAUUGCCGUUGUUUGGUGCAUUUGUUGCUGAUGCUUUCCUUGGUAGAUACCGCACUAUUAUCGUUGCCUCUCUUAUAUAUAUACUGGGACUUGGCUUGUUGACUCUGUCGGCUGUGCUUCCUUCUUUCAGUGCUUCUGACUGCUCAAGCACCAAACCUGUUGCAUCAUGCUCUCCUAAUAUGAUUCAAGUUGUUUUGUUUUUCUCUUCUCUGUAUUUGGUAGCUCUUGGCCAAGGAGGGCACAAACCCUGUGUUCAGGCUUUUGGAGCAGAUCAGUUUGAUGGACAAGAUCCUAAGGAGUGCAAAGCCAAAAGCUCAUUCUUCAAUUGGUGGUAUUUUUGCAUGUGCGGAGGCACCAUGAUAUCACUUUCAGUGUUAAACUACAUACAAGACAACCUUAAUUGGGGUCUUGGAUUUGGAAUCCCAUGUGUUAUGAUGAUUAUUGCCCUCGUUGUAUUCUUACUUGGAACUAAGACAUAUCGCUAUAGUGCCAAAGUAGAAGAGAGAAGUGCGUUUCAAAGAAUUGGUCGGGUAUUUCUAGCCACAAUUAGGAAUCGGCGAGCAUCCCCUUCUAUAAUAGCUUUGGAGGAAGAGGCUCGUGGAACACUACCUCACCGGAGUUCUGAGCAAUUCAGCUUUCUCAAUAAAGCCUUGCUUGCUUCAGAUGGGUCAAAAGAAGAUGAGAAUGUAUGUAGUCUUAGUGAAGUUGAAGAAGCUAAGGCAGUACUUAGACUUGUUCCGAUAUGGAGUUCAUGCUUGGUAUAUGCUGUUGUUUAUUCACAGUCCUCGACUUUCUUCACCAAGCAAGGAGUAACGAUGGAUAGGUCAAUUUCACCGAGUAUUGACAUACCACCAGCUACACUUCAAUCCUUUAUCAGCCUUGCAAUUUUCUUAUCCAUUCCGAUUUAUGACCGUGUCUUUGUUCCAAUAGCAAGGACUAUAACUAGGAAACCUUCAGGCAUUACAAUGCUUCAGAGGAUUGGAACUGGAAUAUUCUUAUCAGCUGUGUCUAUGGCAAUUGCUGCUGUGGUUGAGAUAAAAAGGCUCGAAAUUGCUCGAAAACAUGGAUUAGUUGAUAAGCCAAAUGUGACAGUUCCAAUGAGCGUGUGGUGGCUAAUUCCUCAAUAUGUACUGUUCGGAGUUUCUGAAGCAUUUACAAUGGUUGGUCUGCAAGAAUUCUUUUAUGAUCAGGUUCCUAGUGACUUGAAGAGUGUGGGGCUUUCGCUCUACCUCAGCAUCUUUGGUGUAGGGAGCUUUAUCAGCAGCUUUCUUGUAUCUGCGAUUGACAAUGUCACCAGUCACGAAGGGCAUGAUAGUUGGUUUGCUAAUAAUCUGAAUCGCGGUCAUCUUGAUUACUUCUAUUGGCUACUCACAGGGCUCAGCAUUGUACAAUUGAUAGCUUUCCUUUAUUUUGCAAAAUAUUAUGUAUAUAAUAGAUAACCCACAGUUUAUAGUGCAUCAUACUACUGUUAUAAGCUAUAAUUUCCCUUUACGCACAUACAUGGGCGAAACCGCCCACCCCUGUUGGCCGGUCA